AUGGAUCUGGGCUGCCCGCGUCAACAAAAUAAGAUGGAGGAGAAUCCCAGAUCUCUUAACCUUGACAAAUACAGAAUUUCAUUUAAAUCAUACACUUCGGAAUAUCAGAACCAGCCCUCGGGUUCAACUUCAAUUGGAGCCAUUGCUUCAUCUACAGUUGGACUGUCAGAGAAUGAACCACAGCCAGGCAAUGAUAGAAGAGGCAAGGGAUGGACAAAAUGCAGCGUGAAGUCUGCAAUGUCCUACAUCCUGGAUCUCAAGCCGAGUGGAACAAGCAUUUUGAGUGCCACUCCACGGUUCCCGCUGCUGCAGGAGACUCUGUAUCUGGAAGUGGCUGUGCUGGGCUCGCAUCCUGCAUGA